AUGGCCUCCGGAGCUUCAGAUGCGUCACUGCACCCCCGUACCGCCGUCUUUCCCGGGUCGGCUCCGCAAGAAUCGGCCCCGGUCGCCGAAGCCCAAGUAGACGAGACCGGCGAGCUGAGCGUGACGAAAACAACAGCAGGCGACAGAGGUUUAGAGACGACCGACGAGUUGGUGCUGCGGAAAAAAUCUUGGGCUUGCAGAGGGCGAUUCAAGGAAUGCCUGUCCGUCCUCAACCUCGUCCACCACGACUGGCUGGAGCAGCGAUCGGCCGAGUUCAAUUGGUGGACCUCGGGCCUAAAUGCCGACAAGAACGGGCCGGGAUCUCUCGACGCCCGGCUGAGCUUGCGCCCCGACGUCACAGCCGUUAUUGUUGAUGCACUCGAUGGGCUUGAGGAUGCUCUGUACACGUACCACAAGUUGGCUACUUCUGAUUCUCCCAGUCUUACCGAGGCCGAUAGUGAUUCCACUGCUUCGGAUGGGUUGGACCGUGCGCCAUCGCCGUGGUCCGAUAUGAGCUCCGGCGGCGGGGAAGGUCCCGCCUCUGCCGUUGGCGACGGAGAAGAGGAGGACGAGGAAAUAGAGGAUGCUGAGAAUCAGCAUAAAGACGCUCAUUUGCCCUUGUCCAGCGACGACUACGUCGAGCAACGAGCAUACAUUGAGAACAACUUGGUAGUCCUCAUCCGCAUCCAUAUCGCCAUUAAGCUUUCUGGCCUGAAGCUUAGGAAUAAGCGCGCCGACGAUACGCUGAAGCAAGCCAAGCAGGAUUACGAGCGACAGAAGCUCACAAUAGGAGCGCACAAGGCCCUUGCAAGCCAGGACGGAGAGCAUGAACGAUUCCGACGCUAUCUCACCAAGCUGGUGCUACGUAACGGCUACACGGAGGAUCUGAUACGAGGUUUGAGCUUCAGGAUUUACCAGUUAGCCGAGGCGGAGAGGUGUCAAGAUGUCGGAGAGUCGCGAGACUUGGAAGACUCGCAAGACCCAGAAAGUUCGCAGGAUGCCCGGGAGUUGAACGUGGGCCAAAUAGGAGAAAGCUCCGAAGUGUUGCUCCAAAAGAAGCUUUUGGUCGUGCUUCGUGCGUACUUAUGUGACCCAGCCAGGCUAACCACCGUCCAGCGCCGGCUUAUCGACGCCAAUAUCGUACGGAGAAACCGCCUUAUCCAUGCCGGCAGCGCGAGUAAGACGUCAUCCCAUGCACCGAAGGGGCGAACCGAACCCACGCCAAAGAUCCAGCCCUUAAACAAGAGUAUAGCCCAGCGGAGCUCUUUGAUGGCUGAAAACGUCACCUCAAGUUCGUAUAAUCUAGUGUCAUCUACGACAUCACGGCCUGUCACGCAGUCUAAUCAGGGCUCCCAGGCCACCAAGAGCUUUGUGGCGCAGCCUGCUACGGCUCUCGAGUCGAGGUUCAGCAUUACAGGCGCCCUGACACCUGCGGUCCGAAGCACGGCCAGGUCGGCGGGCACCAAGAUGUCGGCUCGGGUGGGACAUCUGGACUAUCCAAGUUGCCCCAUAAAGGGGGACGGCCCAUUCCCCUGCGACUACUGCCCUAUGAUUCUGCCGCAAGAAUACAGAGAGAAAGAGAAGUGGCGUGGCCACGUGGCGCAAGACCUUUGCGGAUAUGUCUGCGUCUUCGAAGACUGCGAGUCCCCCGAGGAUAUGUUUGCCUCCACGUAUGAAUGGAUGUCGCACAUGGCGCGGUCCCACUCCGAGGUCGAAUGGGUGUGCCCCCUGUGCGCCAAUCACCGCUUCCCUGCAGACGAUACCCAAGCCGCGUCCUUCCCCGUCCCCUCGCAGCUUCAGGACCACAUCUUGGCCUGCCAUCCCGCCAUCGAUGCCGACGGAGGCCUGGCUGAGCUGGAGCUAGUGGUCAGCGCAGGCCAGCGGGCCGUGGGUAUCCGCAAGGUCCGUUGCCCGCUCUGCCGGCCCGGCCUCGUGACCAGCGAGGAAGAUAUCGACGGCUCCGUCGUGUCUCCCCUCCCGGUGGGCCAAGCGGCGGGGCUGGUGCAGCUGGAGGAAGACCAGCAUAUUGCCACUCACAUUCACGAGUUCGCGCUGCACGGUUUCCCAUCGGCGGACGGCGAGGAGCUACCAGAGGAAGCGAGGGAGUCCGUUCCGUCUGAGCCAAGCACCCGUGUAGACAUGAACAUCGAACGGCUGCGGAGACCCAAAGGUUCGUUCCAAGGUCAAGCGUUCGCGUACACCAUAGAGGACACACAAGACGCGAUAGAAGAGCUGAACGCCACAUUUCUGCAGAUGCAGGCGUCUGACUGGAUACAAGCUGAGAGCUCUGUGCUGCUCGGUUUCAUGGGGGCAAGAUUGGACAAUCUUAUUCCCAGUCUCCAACUGGCACAGAGGGAAGUGGAUCUUGACGGCUUUGCGUGGGAGCUGAAUGAGUGCCAAAUCUUGGUUUCCCAGCUGAGCGACAUAUCGCCGAACUCGGACAAGGAAGGGUCACAGGUCAUAGAGCUGCUGGAAGAGUUAGACGAGAAACUGCGGCAGCUGACUUCCUUGUGCGAGACUGGUCGACAGCGUGAAGGACAGCAACUGCCUCCUCAAGACUUGCCUUUCGACCGGAAGAAAUUAUCACAAGACAAAGGUGGCUCUGAAGAUACCGAUCGUCUCGUCAAGUUCCGUCCAUCACAGGUUCCUCGCCCGACCUUCGUCGACCACUUGGGGCACACAGUCAUGGCAUCCACCGAUGGCAGAUGCAAAACCUACCACGUUGUGCCUCGCUUCGAUCUUGCGGCCGAGGGAGGCCAACUAUUUUUAGGAGGGGUCUAUCAAGAUCUCAAUAUUCUAAAGCCGGCGAUAAAUCGCCGUGAAAUGCAUCGUUUGCCUAUCCCUGAGGAUCUGCUUUACCCCAGUGUUUCACAGAAGGGCUUUCGGGAAACACGAGCCAGCAUCCGUGAGGGUAGCUUCGACGCCUGGGUAAAGAUACUCGGUUGUCUUGGUGUGGGAAGUACUGGAGGCUCCGCUACAAUCGCGGGGUCUCGGGACAAUGAGGAUACGGUAGCCUGCGAGGAGAUAGAAACGACCUACUUUGAUCCCGAUGACUCCUUUGUCCUGAACAGCUUCAACAUCGAUCCUGUUAAAAGGUACCUUGAAGGAUCUCGACACCGGACUGCCACUCUUUACAUUGUCACCGGUAUCAAGAUAGCCAAAGGACUAGACUACAACAAGUCGAACAACACUCGAGGUCAAAUUGGCGCUCAGGUCGCCAUCGAUGGCGCACAUAGCGGGGUUGCCGAAGCUUCUACUGCUGCGAAUCUAAGCGGUGAGAAUGAUCACAACCUCGAGUUUGCUGUUGCGAGUGACAUUAUCAUUGGUUUCAGAGUGAACAAGUUUCGCUGCAUCCGCCGGGUUGGUUUUGGAAAGAAAGACCGAAAGGUCAAAGACGAUGGGGUUCUGACAGGGGCAAUGAUGGCGAACGACAACGACAAUGUUCGACAAGAAUACAUAGAAGUAGAAGCGUUGGCAAUGGGGGACGAAGAUUCCGCUAUCCCUACUACCGCAAGUGAUCAGUCCGAACGCUGCGUCGUCCCUGAUUCCCUCAAGCAAAUGGCUGGUCUUGUUUGA